GAUGGCAGGGCGGCAGUUUACUGGGCAAUUCAUAUGCAAAACUGCACUAUAAAUUUCCAGGCUGUCUCAGUUGCCGUGGCACCACGAAGCAUUUCUCCACGUACAGUACAGUAUUUCUGCCAUCUUUGUUUGCAUUGCAGUGAGUCAUCAAAAGUCUGUCUUGUACCAACACCCGGAGCCGCGCAUUCCUCUGGCACCAACACUCCACUGUUUUUAAAGCCGGGGCUGGGAGCUGGCAUUCGCUUCGGCUCCCAAAUCAAAGGCAGCUAUUCAUUCGCGGGAGCUGCCUGGAUGUCCGUCUGCAUCCGGCCUCUUCAUUUAGAUGCCGUGCGCUGCCCGGGAGAGCCGGGCUGGGUGCAGCUGAGCUGCGGCCGCCCAGCCCAGCGCCGACUCGCCCCCCUCCCCCGCUCCCCUCGUCCUCCUCCUCUCCCGGCUCCUCGCGCCCUCCCCGCCCCAAGGGCUCCCGCGCCGUUUGCUGCAUUCCCGGAGCAGCUGGCGGCUGCGGGCUGCCGGCGUGCGGGCGAGCCUGCCCCUGCCAGGCUGAGCGGGCAGCGCCGGGGCCACCAGCGGAAGCGGCCGAAGAUGUGCCCGCUCGGGCCGCUCCCGUGCUGAGAGUCUGAGGCGAGCCCGCGAGCGCCUGGCCGCCAUGUCACAGAUGUUGCACAUUGAGAUCCCCAACUUUGGGAACACCGUGCUCGGCUGCCUCAACGAGCAGCGCCUGCUGGGCCUCUACUGCGAUGUGUCCAUCGUGGUCAAGGGCCAGGCCUUCAAGGCCCACCGGGCCGUCCUGGCCGCCAGCAGCCUCUACUUCCGCGACCUGUUCAGUGGCAACAGCAAGAGCGCCUUCGAGCUGCCGGGCACGGUGCCGCCCGCCUGCUUCCAGCAGAUCCUGUCCUUCUGCUACACGGGCAGGCUGACCAUGGCAGCCAGCGAGCAGCUCGUGGUCAUGUACACGGCCGGCUUCCUGCAGAUCCAGCACAUCGUGGAGCGCGGCACAGACCUCAUGUUCAAGGUGAGCUCGCCCCACUGCGACUCGCAGACCGCCAUGAUGGAGGACGCCAGCUCCGAGCCCCAGAGCCCCUGCAACCAGCUGCAGCCAGCCGCCCCCGCCCCCCCCUACGUCGUGUCCCCCUCCGUGCCCAUCCCGCUGCUGACCCGCGUGAAGCACGAAGCCACGGAGCUGCCGCCAGCCGCUGGCCCGGGCCUGGCCCCCAAGCGCCCACUGGAGUCAGGGCCCCGGGAUGGCACCGCGGUGGCGGGCGCUGCAGUGGUGGCCGGCACGGCCCCUCUCAAGCUGCCCCGGGUCUCCUACUACGGGGUGCCCAGCCUGGCCACCCUCAUCCCCAGCAUCCAGCAGGUGCCCUACUCCCAGGGGGAGCGGACCAGCCCUGGGGCCAGCAGCCUGCCCACCACCGACAGCCCCACCUCCUACCACAACGAGGAGGACGAGGAGGACGAUGAAGCCUACGACACCAUGGUGGAGGAGCAGUACGGCCAGAUGUACAUCAAGGCCACCGGUGGCUACGCAGUGCAAGAGAAGCCAGAGCCCGUGCCACUGGAGAGCCGCUCCUGUGUCCUCAUCCGCAGAGACCUCGUGGCGCUGCCCGCCAGCCUCAUCAGUCAGAUCGGGUACCGCUGCCACCCCAAGCUCUACUCGGAGGGCGACCCCGGCGAGAAGCUUGAGCUGGUGGCAGGCUCCGGGGUCUACAUCACUCGCGGCCAGCUGAUGAACUGCCACCUCUGUGCAGGUGUGAAGCACAAGGUGCUCCUGCGGCGGCUCCUUGCCACCUUCUUUGACAGGAACACGCUGGCCAACAGCUGUGGCACAGGGAUCCGUUCGUCCACCAGUGACCCGAGCCGCAAGCCACUGGACAGCCGAGUCCUCAAUGCUGUGAAACUGUAUUGCCAGAACUUCGCCCCCAGCUUCAAGGAGAGUGAGAUGAACGUGAUCGCCGCGGACAUGUGCACCAACGCUCGCCGUGUCCGGAAGCGCUGGCUGCCCAAGAUCAAGUCCAUGCUGCCCGAGGGCGUGGAGAUGUACCGCAGCGUCAUGGGCUCGGCCGCCAGCGCGCCCCUCGACCCCGAGUUCCCGCCCGCCACGGCAGCACAGGUGUUCGAGCAGCGCCUGUACACCGAGUGCAGGGGCGAGGCUGCCACCAUUGUGGCUCUGAGAACUGACAACGUGAAUGUCGACCUGGGCGCCACCGCCAACCCCGCCUUUGAAGCCGGCGAGGAGGCCGAUGGUGCCGGCUCUGUCAUCCAGGAGGUGGCAGCGCCUGAGACGCUGCCCCCCGAUGGCCAGAGCCCCCCGCAGCCCUUCGAGCAGGGCAGCGCCAGCUCCAGCCGGCCCCAGACGCCAGCGGCCAGGAGACAGGAGGGCUCCUAUGCAGGGACCUUGUAGAGGGCUCGUCAGGGACCGUACUAGCUGCUUGCAUGCGUUACUAAUACAAACAAAUGUGAUCAAGCCACUUACCUACUGAACUGCUGUUGCCUGAAAAAAAUGUGAUUUUUAUUCUGCUUGUAUUUAAAAUCUAUGAAGGAAACAAAUGCAUUCGUGACACUGUAAACAAUUAGGCCACUGGCGCCCGGCUGCGAGAAAGGCCCCAGGGCCCCUUUUGAUACCCGAGGUCAGUCUCCAAGUUGUAGCUUCCCCUUCUCCUUCUUGGGGAGGGGGCGAGAGGCCACCAGGCCCUGGUGCCCAGCCCUGCUCCAGCCUCCCGCCCUGCUUGCUCUCUGCCUGGAUGAAGCCAGGGGCCUGUGGUGUGGGGGCACGUGUCCUUACCCAUCCGUGAGGACCCGCCCGCCCGCUCCCCCCAGGGCCACAGCCAGGGCCGGGCCCCCAGGGGCCAAACUCUUUGUUUUUCUUUCUUCCGAGAGACUCUGGGGUCAGGCCUACCAGGUCCGUGGUAUGUGUGGGGUGUGGGUGUGUGCAAGCGAGUGAGAGUGUGCGUCUGAGUGUGUGCGGGGAGCAGUGGUGACAGCGCGGUAAUGGGCUGCUGUCACUGCGGGAGGGGAGACGGCUGUUGGCUUUUCUGCUCCCCUGCCCCCACAGCUCCACAGGCCCUCGGCCCACCUGGGUUUCGCUGUCCUGUGGGGCGGGACUGCCACCCCGGUGCACCCACACCGUCCUCUGCCUCGCUGGGAUCUUGUUUGUUUGUUGAUUUGUUUUUGUCCCAAUUCAGAUCUAUUUCAUACAUGGUUUGGAAACUUUCAGACCCAAAGAGCAAAAAAUUAGGGAGAAGUGGAUGUCCCUGCCCCCAGCCCGCUGUGGCUUGGGGUACGGUCAUCUGUAUACCAUGUCCCUCCACCCUCGGACCAGGUCCCACUCACCUCCCAUUGGGGUGGGGACCGGGGGGAGGGCCCAGAAAUGCAGCCAGGGUGUGUGACAAGGUGGAGGCCACUUGGGCCAGCGGGAGCAGGGCUGCUUGGUGGAGAGCAGGGGGGCAGGCUGGGGCUGGGGGAGGGCUUUCCGUCCUUUGCUCUGAGCUCUGGAGCACAUGCCUCUGAGGCUGUGGGCGGGUGGGUGGUGGGCACACGCCUGACCCGGGACAGUUGGCAGGGGCAGCAGGUGCAGAAGCUCUGGAAUGUGUGGGGGGCAGUAAGGAAGGGCCCGUUAAAUUUGUUGGUUUGCUUGAGGCUGGAAAGUUCCCUUUGAAGCUUAAUUGCUGGUUUCAGGGGAGAGGGGCACAGGUUGUCCAAAGUGCUCAAGGAGCCCCUGGCCCAGGGGCUUUGUGUCCUUGUCCAGGGGCUGCCUUCCUCCCAAGUCCAGACAGCCCUCUGGCACGGCCAGAACACCCCCUCCAUUGGUGGCUCUGUCCCCAGCGCUCUGCCUGUGUGGAUGCAGAGGGCUGGGCAGGGGGGGCUAAGCCCCACCCAGGACCCACAGGAGAUCCGGGAGCCUCCCCAACUGCAGAGCUGUGUGCCGGGUCCCAGCCUGAGCAGCCUGGGGUGGAGGUGUUAGGCUCUUUCCCACGCGAGUUCCUCGUUCCUGCUGACGGCCGCCCUUCCUGUGGGAGAGGCCCUGGGGGGACCUGGUUGGAGGGGCUCCUUCCCAGACCACAUACCGCGUCCUGGGCCCCCUCCAGCCAGGCCAAGUGUGUGCCUGCCCUCCGGAAAGAUCUGGCAGCUCCUGGAAAGGGGUGGGAGGACCCUGAGCUGCAGGCAGGCGUGUGGAAGCUAAUCGCAGCCCUCUCCCAAGCAGGGAGGUCCAAGCCCUGCUCUUGCGUCCAAAAGGGCUGCAGCUCUGGCUGGGGCUUCAAGCUAACCACCUGGCCCCGGUGUGUGUGGGGGGCUCUGUCUGCCUCUUCCUCCCCCAUCUUGGGCCCGGGGCCCACAGCCACUAGGAACCAGGACCAAGUCCUCCUGGAAUUGGGAGGAGGCCGCAAUCCCUAGCAUCCUCAGGUGGCCACAGGGCAGUGGAGGUGAUGGUGGGUGAAGUUGACUCCCACCUAUGUCCCCUCUGGAGUGUCCCUUUAUCUGCUACCCCCCCCCCCAAAUUUGCACUUUAAUUUGACCAUCCCUGGGGAGCUUCAGGAGGCAGGCCCACCUGUCCUGGCAGUUGACAGAAGGGCUCUCUCUGUCUCCCUCUCUCUCCUCUGCUCCAAAGUGGGCAUGGCCCCCCGCCUGGGGCCAGGACAGGGAGGGGUGCUGCUGGCCCAGCCAAGGAGGCGGUGGCCGCACAGAGAAGGCCUGACCGCUGCCCAGGCCAGCACAAUGUCCUGUGACCUCUGCCCCUUAGUUGUUUAUAAUCGCCGUCUGUUUUGUGUUCUGGGUAAGGAAGGCAAGAGCUAUAGGUGACACUUUAAUCAUUAAAUGUGAAUGGGUUCCGAGCUCUCCCGGUGCCCCGGGUGGGCCGGGCCGAGCGUUUUGCACUAAUGUGUCCCUUGGUGGACCUGGUCCGGAGCGUUUGCAGACGGGCGUGGCUGAUGAUUGUAUCUGCGGGGCGUCUCUCCGCACCCUGAAUGCUCCGUGGGGCGGGCGGCGGCAGCCUGGGCUCGGAGGGGCCUUCCAGAGUGCCUUAGCAUCUUUUGAUCAUUUUUCCCAAGGAAAACCAAUUCAGAAAACCGGACCCUCCCCCCUCCUCUGUUUACAAGACGACUAAUUCCUGUCCUGUCAGCGUGAUCCUGACACCCAGACCCUGGAGAUGGCGAGAGGAGCCGCUCAGUAUUUAUGACAUGUCUGCACCUUUAUUCCUAAGCUUGACUAUUAGCAAUACACAUAUACUACAUAGAGUCUAUUAUAGAGCUAAGUCAUAGCAGCGCCUUUUUGGGGAGGAGAGAAGGGAUUGGGCGGCGUGGGAGCUGAUGUGGCCGCUGGCCGGAUCAGGCAGCUGCCCUCCCCCGCGGGGUGGGAGGUGCUGCAGGAGGCAGCUGGGGUGGAGUGCAAGAGGUCCCUUGGAAGGGACCGGAGAUGUGACAGAUACUGUGAGCUCGGGUGGGGCCCGCCCCCCCCUGGCCUGCGUGCCUCCAUACUUGAACUCUGUAUGUUUUCUGCACUGUGUCUGGCCUCGCCCAGAGUUCUCUGUGGUCGCCUAACUUUGCAUUGGAUUCUGUUGUCUUACCUUGCCCCUCAAUGUGGACGCAGCUGUGGACGAGCAGCCUGCAGCCCCUGCCCGGCUGUCCGGGGGCUGGGUGACUGCGGCCGGGGAGGGGGAGCUUAUGAGCCUGGUGGACUUCUCCUGCGGGAACACUCUUCUGGGUUUGUGUUCAGAGCUGGGAGGAGGGCAGAAGCGUGGACUGGGAGGGGCAGGGAGGCCCACACAGCCUGUCCCAUGCUCUGUGGGGACUCUGGGGUGCCGGCCCUGAACGGCAGGAACGUUCUAGCACCGGCCCAGUGCACCCCGAACUGUUUACUGCUUAGAUUCCCCUCAGACAGCUUGGUUUUGUGGAAGUAACUCACUGUGGUAGAAAAAGGCCAAUUGCCCAACUGAAAAGUCCGAGGAAGCCCCUGUCUGCCUCUGCCAGCAGCAAACCCCACACGCAGAAUCGAGAGUUCGUAGCCGUCUCGAGCUUUAACUACUGUUUCAGAGUGUUGCUGCUGCCUAAAUCUGUCAUUGUGUCGCUAGCCAGCUCUGAGCGUCACCCGCCGGAGACCCAAGGCCGCUAGGGCUUGGUACAAGACGUUUCUAACAUGGCAAAGGUUUGGGGGUUUUGUUUGUUUGUUUGUUGUGUUUCUCUGAAAAAAGUGAACAGGAAAUUUAUACAGAGUCUAAAGCAUUCAGAUUGGACAACCUGCUUGAAUUCUGAUCAGUCGCUUCGCUUCAUUGUUAGCGUUUUGCACAUGAUUGUAAUUUUUAUGUCAACAGAAGCCAAAACUUGCAAUACUAUUUUUAGCAGACAAAAAAAAAAAAAGAACUAAGUAUAAAAUGUAUACAUAUUUUUGACUUGAACAUUUGGAUGGCACGGGGUGCAGACAGACCAUUCACCCUCUGCACGCAAUGUUUGGGAAAAGAGACUUUCCAAAGGAGCCGGUUGUAGAGUCUGCUGAGGGGUUAGGUAGUACUGUAACUCACGACUGUUAAGAAACAAAGAAAUAAACUGUUCUGUAUAAAGGCUGGUUUCACAUACCACUGACUUCGAUUUCAGCCACAGAAGAUGCUAGCUUUUUUUUUUAAUUUUUAUUUUUUAUUAUUAUUAAGAAGGGGGAAACCUUUGUUCUUCCUGUGUCCUCAGUCCCUGCCCUGCUACCCAGCAGUCGAGACUGUUGCUUCUUAGCCAUGGCUGACGUUGUAUCAAUAACUCAACCUACAGAAACGUCCGCCAGCGACCAGGAAACAGGGCUCCUACUGUGCUCAGAGCCGCUUCAUAAGGUGGAAAUCCGUUACAAAGAGACAACAGGAUGUGAUCAUUAAUUGUAAAGCGCUUUGUAAGAUUCACAUUUACAGAAUAAUAAAGUCAGUUCAAACCCAA